UAUAUGUAUCAAAUCAUAGCUUUGAUCUGCUGAUUCGUCAACAUUCAUCAAUCAAUCUACAUUGACAUUUUUUUUCUUCUUUCGAAUAGUUUUGAGUUGGGAAGAAGAUAUAAUUAUUUUAGAAGGUCUUGCAUCUUACUCUUAUGAUUACUGGUUUCAUUUGGAUUUGUAUUAGUGACAGUAAUUAUUGAUUUUGGAAGUAAUUAGUGACAGGUACAAUAGAAAUCACUCAACAUAAACUCCAAAUUCAAGAAGAAAUGUUUCUUACUACCACUACUUUGAAGUGAAAGGAGAAAAAGAGAGGGUUUGACGGAAAUUUUUCCUGAAUACACUCUCAAUUUCGAAGCAGAUGGUUAAAACUGCAUUUGCAAAGAGGAAUAUUGUGAUCAACUCAGUCAAACCUGACAAAAGAGGCAUAGUUCAAUGUAACAAUAAACUAGCAGCUAUAACUACAAUAAACUACAUCAAUCAAGUCAAAGAACAUAUAAAUUAAUUUCUGUGUUGAGUCAGUAUUGGCGGUAAAAUUAUAAUAGAAAUAUUUUUAAUCCUCACUCAAUAUCACAAAAAUGUAUGUUCUAUAUUUGGAGUAAUGUAAGGAGAAAAUAUAAAUAGUCCUGUUGUGGAGAGAGAAAUAUUGCUCAUCAAGGAAGCAAUAAAGUUACUCAAAGCGUGCAGAAUUUCAUCCCAGAAAAAGUGAGAGAAGGAUAGAAAGAAUUCCACUUUUUCUCUGAUAAUUGUGGCGGACAAAACUUGAACAGGAAUAUUGUUGCAAUGUGUUUAUAUGUUGCUGCUGUGAAUUCCAAGGUAAAAGGUUAACCACACAUUCCUAGAAGAAGGACAUACUCAAAAUGAAGGAGACAGUGUACACAGUGAGCGUCUUCAGGGAUACACUGCUCCAAUGACUCGAGCAACCCGCGUUUUAUGGGAGCUUUUGACAGUUCAUCACCCGGUCGCCAUCUUUGAUUUUUCUCGACCGGGUCAGCAUUCGUGACCCGACCAAAAAUUACUGGCUACGAAGUUCUAGCUCGAGUCACCCGGAAUCGGAGCGCUCCUAUUGGUUGAUAGUAUCGCGUAAACAACGUAACUAAAUGCAAAUAUGGAGGAUUAUUACGAAUACAAACGUAAACAUGAGUAAUGUUUUUGAAGGCAUAUUUUAUAAAAUAAUUGAGAAGGAGGAAAUUUACACAUUAUUGACUGGUAAGUUUAUUAUUUGCAUUAUUGACAAUAUUAUUAGUUUAGUAUGAGUAUUAUAUUAAAAUAUAUUAAUUUGUGCUCAUGAUGUGAUCUAUCUAAAACUGUAAGGCUUUUUAGUGUUCAUCAAUGAAAUUGUGAAUAUUAAAUAUAAUAUUAUUCUAUGUGGUCAUGAAAGUAGUUAUUGAUCCAUUUGAAUAGCAUUGAAAUGUUUACUUUUGAUUUAGGCUACUUCUGUUUCUUCUUAGAUUUUUAUUGCUGUUUAACCUCAAUACCUAUUCGUAUUUUGUUUAUGGCCUAAUUUAUUAAAAAAAUAAAUUGAAUUUCAUUAUCAAAUUUCAGAAUACUUAAUUGGCUAAACAGACUUAAACCUAAUAAAAUUCACUCAUUUUUAUUUCAUUAGAAAGUUUGUUAUUCUAUGGAAUAGGCCUAUGCAUAAUAAAGAUGAUAGAAAUUAUCUCUUGCUUUCUAUAAGAAUAAUUUUAUUUGCUAUGCAGGUCCUCUGCAUUGCAUAAAGAUUAAUUUUAAUUUAAAUUCAACAGCUCAAGUACUGAAACUUUAUGAUUUUUGUUUUACAGGCAGCCUGGACUUCUUCCAGUCCUUUCUGAAAGAAAACUAUGGCCACAUCGAGAUGGCUGGUGUAGCAGCAGGUAGGCGCUUUCAUGCAAUCCUCUUAUAAUAUAAAUUCUAUCACAUAAUAAUGAUUAGUAAUAGUAGUCAGAUUGGUAUAAAUAAUUUUACCAUAUUCUGCUGCUAUUUUUGUAGAGACUGUGAUAAUUUACGAUCAGCUAAAAACUUGGAGCUUUUACAUUAGAGUUGCCAUUCAAAGUUUUCAACAAAUUAUGGCAAUAUGUUGAAAUUACAGCAACAUUGCUUCCUCAACUUGUAAAAAUCCUUCUAUCUAACAUGAUUUUUGUUUUCCAUACAGUGUCGAAAACACUGAGAAAGUUGCCAACAAAAUUUUCCUUUAUAGCAAGUCCAUGCAGGCUAUGCUCUCUAGGCGAAAAUUUGACAGCUUUUGUUGCUCCACAUUGUUUGAGAACAGUUUUUCAAGAUAAUUAACAACUUUUUUAUAGAAGAAUCUGUGAAAACUUUGGUGUACAUCACCACAACACCAGGCAUCGAGAGCUGUUUGACGUCCCCAGGGUGCGCCUCCAGAGAUCGCGGGUAUGCUAUAGGAGUUCAGCGCUACGCUACUUAACAGGCUGCCUGCAGGGGUGAAGCAGUUGGACCUCAGCGGGUUCGAGAGAGUUGUGACCGGUUUUCUGAGAAACAGGGCUUAUUACGAUGUCCAGGAAUAUGUGAAUGAUGACCUGUCUCAAAUAUUAUCAGGCUAAAGUGCCAUUAUGUUGAAGAGCAAGGCCUCAUAUGAUAUAAUAUUUUUUUCGAUCUGAACUUGAUCACUGCCAUCUUGAUCAUUUUAGUGUUUUUUGUUGUUAUAUUUGUUUUAUUCAUGACAUGACGCCAUCGAUCCUACAAUUGUGGGUAAUGGAUGAAGAAGAAGGUAUAAAGGUGUAUAAUAUGCAGCUUUAUACCCAUUGCAUUUUGAAAACUUAAACCAAGCUACUCCACAAUUGAAAGAAAUCUGUUUUUUUAAUAAUUAGGCUAUGUACACAUGGUAGCGUCGCACCGCGCGGUUUGAGACGCGCGUCCGACCGCGCGGUGCGAUAUACAAUGGAGCUAAUGGCAGCGUCCACAUGCACCACUCACUCAAAUCUGGACGCGCCGCGCACUGCGCCGCCCAGACUUUCAACCUGAACCGCGCGGCGACAGCGCAGUUCCCAGUACACUACAGUCAGUUGGACUGUACAUGAGAGCAGUCGGACGCGAGUUUUCAUCUAGUUCACUUGUUUUGUGUAGUGAUUUUACAGCAACUCUGUUCAGUGUGCAGCCAUGGAAAUGAACAAUUUUGACACAGAAUUGUUUAUAGAAGAAGUAAAAAGUCGACGUGUCAUAUGGAAUAUGGCGAGUCCUGAUUACAAGAACAGGGUGUUGAAGAGAACAGCUUGGCAACAAUUGGUAGAAAUAUUUUGUAACGAGGAUACUACAGAGGAAGAAAAGAAAAAUCUUGGAAAUACUUUGCAAAAGAGAUGGAAAAACCUCCGUUACCAUUUUUCUAAAGAACUGAAAAAAAAGAAGACUAUGAAGUCAGGAUCCGGGGCCAUCAACCAUACUCCCUACAUCUACUUCACACGUCUUCAGUUUCUGGAAAGUUGUGUAUCGAAUAAGGAAACAAUCAAUAAUUGGGAAGACGAAGACACACAAAAUACACAAGUUGAGGAAAAUGAAGCAGACAAUGAAGAUGUGGAAAUCAGACCUGCCGACACUCCCGCUACAAAAGGUAAAAAAAGAAAAGCUCUAGACCCAGUCGAACAACAAUUUACAGAUAUUUUAAAUAAAAGCAUCUUACUAAGAGAGCAAAGCAUUGAUAAAAAUGAGGAAGAUGAAGACAAACUAUUUUGUCUUUCUUUGUAA